AUGUUGCUUGUUGAUCAGAUAAGCAAUGCAGCUUGGUCAAGAACUGAUGGUAUUGCACUAGGAAGUGCUUCAACAAUCAACAAAUCGGAUGUACAGCUCAUAGUUUUCGUUGCUAUAAUGUUGCACAAGCUAGGCCGUGAUUCGGUAUGGUCUUCCGAAUCAUCAACUGGAGUGCUCAUGCUGUUCUCAGCAGGGACAUUUCUUUUUGUCGCUACGGUUCAUGUACUGCCAGAGCUGGCUAAUCGUGCUAAGUCGCAGAAGGAUUACAUGUUAGUUGUGGAUGCGCAGUCUCCGGCAACCGCGGGUCAUUCCCACUCAGGUGGUACAAGCUUCACAAUCAAAGAGCUAGUAGCUAUAAUUGGAGGAGCGAUCGUUCCAGCACUGUUAUCAUCAGGACAUUCGCAUUCGUCGUGA